AUGCUGCAGGCACAGUCAUCAUCUGCGGGUGGGAUUCUCCCCAUGCCCCAGGGACAGCAUGGACAGCAAUACCCAGCGUCGCCGCAGCGACAAAGCUUUUACGGAAGUUCUAAUGGCGUAUCGGGCACUCAAAUGGUGUACCGCACAACACCGGCUCCGAUCCAGCCAUACGCCUUCACAUCGACGCCUAGUCUCCAUACAAACAUGCCGAGGCAGCAACCACAGCAACAAAUUCCUCAACCUACUACAAUGCGAACGCCUUCAGUCGCACCAUGCCUUCCUCAGCUGCAGAGUUUUGACAGUUCGAUCAACCUUGGAAGAACGGUGCAGCAGCCUGCUAGUGCCUCUAUGAGCAACCUGUCGACCAGCUCAACCGUGUCCGGUGGCCGAUACACCUUUGGCAGCCGUGAUGACUCUUCACUGCCAACAAGUCAAGGCACCAAAAGAGUUGCUGCCUCUCAGACUUCAGCGGCAUAUCCACCGGGCACACAGUCUUUUGCUCAGGCUGCGUCUGCUCGUGCGUCGCCAGAAAGAUACCGACGGGCAAUGCCUCGGACUGUGACAAGUCCGGCUGUCUCAGUGCAGGGACAGCAACAGAAACCGGCGUCGGCCGCACCAUCUGGUUCUGGGAUGGCUAGCAUUGGCCACCUCUACGGAUCGAGUGUUUCCAGCGGGCUAUCACAACAGCAGCUGAAUUCGAAUCGCCGAAACAGUUGUCACGAUGCUGCGUUGACAACUGUCGAUGACAUGCAGCUGUACCGUCCAUCGGACGAUGCGAAGCGAAUUCGACGCCGCAGCAUGCCUUCGCUGGACUUGACCCACCACGCACCAUCGCAAGGGCAGUUCAGGAAGCCUGAGCCGUCUCCGCGAAGUCACGGCAAGGACAAGCAGAGGGCAGCAUCCGGCGGCAAUCUAUCUCCGGGUAGCGCGAUAAUGCGAAACAAGGAUGGAAGCUCUGAGAGUGUUUCGAGCCGUGGGAGUUCAGCGCGCCCAGCUAACAAGGACUCUUCAAAACAUGUCCAUAUUCCUCAGCGUGGUUCUUCUUCAGAUGCUGCCAAUCGCGCCGCCGCUUCUGUAUCGCAGUCUAGGCCGAAAGCGAUGGAUGUGGCUGCAGAUGGCGACAAGAGGAAGGUGGCUGCCAACAUGACUUCCAACAGAGGCGCCAAGGAUGAUGCCGGCUCUACGGCGGACCAGAAGGCUGCGAAGGGGAAUCCAAACCUUUUGGAAAGCCCGGCCAUGCGUCACUUGUCGGCUAUCAACCAGAAAGGCGGCAAGGUGCGCAGCAAGACGUCGAGACUUCGUCGGGCGUUUUCCUUUGGCAGCGCGGCAGAUUUUCGUACUGCCGGGCCCGAAGACGAAGAUAGCAGAGAUAUUGUUGCCCCUCUCGCACCGAGUAGGCUGCACACGGCUCCGGGCAGCGACGAGAUCUACGACGCUGAGCAGGACCGGAUCGCACAACGGCAGGAAGAGGCUGGUAUCGGAAGCAGUAUCUACGCUGGCGCUAGGAUUUUCACUGGGUCUACGGAUAACCUGUCGAUAUCGUCGACUGCCUCUUCGGCGUCGAUCAUGAUCCGUAAGAUGGGUCGGAACAUGAAGAAGGGCACACGAUCGUUCGUAGGGCUCUUCCGGCCCAAGUCGAUCAUCGGUGCGCCUGCUGCUGAGUCUGGUGUGGCCGGGUCAGGCAAGUCCGGCACGGCCAACACGGCAGAGGCCACUGUGUCGAUGGUGACGGCCGAGGCAGACCGCGAGCGUGGCACUGCAAAUAGCGGCGGCUCGGGAUACCCCAAGCUGCAGAGAAGCUCAGUUGACGCUUCGGUGGGGUCAGCGACAUCUGAUCGUCUCAGCAGCUCGGGAACAGACAACUCGGGACGCAAGAGCAUUGUAGGCGGCGAGAGGGAGCGGGCGGAGGUUCUUGCUGCAGUGAGGAAGGGCAUCCUGAAGCACGCCAGCGGCUCCCGAAGCCCUUCCCGCGGUCCGGCAGAGGACCGUAGCCUUGACCUUGAACUGCCGGGCCCACUGCCCAUCAACGAUUCGCCGGCGUCCAGCGCGCCCAGCACGCCGAACGAUGAGUCGCUCGGGCACAAGCGGACGGGGUCUGUAGCGAUUGGCGGCGAGGACUACUUUGUGUCUGCUCUUCGGUUGCGCCAAGGUAGCCGGAGCGGUAACAGCACGCCACAGGGCUCGAUGCGGCGCAAUGCGACGUUCAGCCCCCGUAUCGUGUUCUACGACACGUGGCCGAGCCAGGAAUACGAUCGCCGCGGAGAGGUUGCUACGUGCAACCGUCUGACGCCGAUGCUCGCACAGCAAAUCAAGGAGGAGCUGAACAGCUUCAAGAUGGAAAUGGAGGUGCACGAGAACUCCAAGAUCUACACACAUUUUUUCUGA